ACCAAAGUGACAGGGAGGAAUCCCAUUAGCGCAAAGAAAAAUUUAGGAUUUUUCGAUUUUAGUUUAGGCGCGGGCGCGGCCCCCGAUUAAAGAAAUCGAAAGAAUUCGGGUGCGGCACCACCGGGAAAGCAAAGGCGAGCCCUCGCGCACCGUAGAAAUUGGCCACCGCCAGCCAGCCAUCCCUCCAUUCACGAGCAGGGCCGAGCACCAUCGAGCAAAGAAGCUUCCCCCCUCUCACUCUCUCCUCCCUCUCCUCCCGCUGCCACUGCGUCCUGCCGCGACCCGCGAUUCGGUCCGAGGAGGAGGGGAGGUGGUUCCGGUGAUCGUUUCUUGGAGAAGUCGGAGGUCUUGCAGGCUCUGUGGGGUCAAGGGGCGCUUGCCGGCCAUGGUAGAAGGGCUCGCGGAUGGAUUGAGGCGCGGGGGAAGGGGAGGCUUGCUCCCUCUUCUUCGGUGAUCGGUUCUGGGAUUCGUGGGAUGGCGGCGUGCUGGGUUUGGCACAGGAUCAGUUAAUCCCUGAUGAAAAGUUGUCUGUUGCAUGAUCAAUAUUGGUCAUAAUGCGCGGGUAUAUUCUCUGAUGGCUACUUAUGAGUGUUGAUCAUUGAAAGGAAGCGAAUCAUUUGGUUGGAAUUUCCUCUCUGGGAAUUAUCUCCUGUAACAAGCAAUUCCUUGUUUUAGGGCAGAUCUCCUUUGGCACUGAUAGCGACUGUUCCGUGGUUCACUUGGGCAAUUCUCCUUUGGCAAAACCUAUCUAGUUCUCGGCAAAUCUCCUUUGGCAAAACUACCUAUAGUUCUUCCGAUCUCCUUCGUUAUACGCUGUCGCUUCCGACUGCUCCACUGCUCCCUGGACCUAUCUCCUUUGGCAUUAGCUUUAGAUAUAGAUUGCUAUCUGUUUGGCACUACCUUUAGGUUCAUAGUCCUAUCGAGGCAAAUCUCCUUUGGCAUUAAGUAUUAUUAGUGUUUCCAUUUGGGCAAAUCUCCUUUGGCGGUUACUGGAUAUCAGGGAAUUCUUCUUUGGCAUCUGCACUCAAGUGUUCUGACUGUACACAUUGGUCCGAACGUCAACCUGCUGCUCAAAGGUUGUUCUUCACUUUAUCAGAUUAUCACAGAACACAGCUUGUUCCAAAAAGGGUUUGUAAACAUGGACUUGUUUGUUAUUGACUCAGACAGUGAGUCAUGCACCGGAACCAGUGACAGCGAGGACCAAGAAGAAUGUGAAUUUACGUACAGCGACCAUGCACAGAGCAUCUUAUCAAGCUUGGAUGAGAGCAUCGGCAAGAUUGAUGAUUUUCUUACUUUUGAAAGGGGUUUUCUUCAUGGGGACAUAGUCCGCCCUGUGUCUGAUCCCUCAGGUCAGAUGGGCCGCGUUGUUGGGGUUGAAAUGUUUGUGGACUUGGAGACAAACUCUGGUGAUAUAAUAAAAGAUGUCAACAGCAAACAGCUUUCAAGAGUGAGAUCCUUUGUCUCUGGUGACUGCGUGGUUAUGGGACCAUGGAUUGGGCGGGUGAUCAGGGCAUUUGACCUGGUAACCGUUGCGUUCACUGAUGGGGCAAAGUGUGAAAUGCUGUUAAGGGACUCUGAGGUGCUGACGCCCAUUCCUCCAAUCCGUUUUGAAGAUGCACCUUAUUUCUACUAUCCAAGCCAACGUGUGAGGAUUGCCCAUCCCCCUGUUUCCAAGUCAGGAACAUGGUUGUCUGGAUCAUGGAGGGCCAGUCGAGAUGAAGGUGUUGUGUCUCAUGUUGAUGUGGGGCUUGUGCAUGUGAACUGGAUAACCUCAGUGACAAAUGUUUGGGGUGAUCGAUCAUCAACUCCUCCAAACUUUCAGGAUCCAAAGAACCUCACUUUGCUCUCAUGCUUCCCUUAUGCUAAUUGGCAGUUGGGUGAUUGGUGCAUGCUGUCUGCUGGUCACGAUGGAAGUCUUGGGGCAAUGGAUUCUGUCAAGUCUUGCUUUCCAAGUGAAGACCGUUCUCAGUAUUCUCAAACAUAUGUCGUUGGUAAGACAAAGAGCACAUUUGACGUUCUAUGGCAAAAUGGAAGUAUAUCUCUUGGGCUAGAACCCCAGAACUUGGCUCCUGUUAGCACCCCUGGUGAUCAUGAUUUUUGGCCAGGACAAUUUGUCCUGGAGAAACUGGCAGUAGAGGAGGCUUCUGAACGCCAGCGGAUUGGGAUAGUGAGGAAUGUGGAUGCACUUGAGCGGACUGUAAAUGUAAAGUGGAUUGUUCCAGUGGAUGAUGACAUUGCCAGAUAUGGAAGUGGCCCCACUGAGGAGACAGUGAGUGCUUAUGAGCUAGUAGAGCACCCGGAUUUCUCCUUUUGCACUGGUGAAGUUGUUAUUAGGUCGGCUCUGAACAUCGACAAGUCUGAAGCAGAUCUCACCAUUGGAACCAUGACAGUUAGCAGGAAAAGUUUGGAUACCUCCUCUGGCUUCUUAUCAUGCAUUGGCAAUGUUCUCAGGUAUAAAGAUGAAGGAAUUGAAGUGCAAUGGGCUAGUGGUAUGGUAUCCAAAGCGCAACAUUUUGAAAUAAUUGGAUUAGAGAGGCUUCUAGAUAAUUCACUGGAAUCAGUGAAUGAGGUGCAUAUUUCUGUUGAUGACGAUGCUGAGCAGGAAAUAAAUCGCUAUGAGAGUACAAAGAAUGCUCUGGAAGAAUCUGCUGAAGACUGCACUGUUUCAUUACGCAAUGCUUUCAUCUUCUCCAAAACAGCUUUUGGUUUUCUGACAAAUGUGGCUUCUAGUUUCUUUGGCGUUCAGGAUUCUACAUCGUCUAGCUCAGUUACUGCAGAUCCUCGGUAUCAAAUUGUGAAGACAACAGAACUACAUUCAUCUGCAGAGGAUUUCCCUGAAGAAAAGCAUAUCAUGGAUUUGGCGACACAGAUUGAGAAGCCACAGUUACCUUCAGAAAAUGACAUAAAAAGAUUUGAUGUUGUGGUGGACUGUUCUGAUCAUCAUUUUGUGAAGGAAGGUGGCCACGAAAAUGUCAAAAGAGGUUGGCUGAAGAAGAUACAACAGGAAUGGACAAUCUUACAGAAUGAUUUACCAGAUGAUAUUCAUGUUAGAGUUUAUGAGGAAAGGAUGGAUCUUCUGAGGGCCUGCAUUGUUGGAGCAGCUGGAACGCCUUAUCAUGAUAAUAUAUUUUUCUUUGAUAUUUUCUUUCCACCUACUUAUCCUCAUGAACCACCUUCUGUUCACUAUCACUCUGGAGGCCUCCGCCUGAACCCAAACUUGUACGAAUCAGGCAAAGUAUGUCUAAGCCUGCUGAAGACAUGGGCAGGAACUGGUAAUGAGGUGUGGAAUCCAGAUGGCUCGACUGUUCUUCAACUGCUGCUAUCCCUUCAGGCUCUUGUGCUCAACGAGAAGCCUUACUUCAACGAGGCGGGCUACGACAAAUUUGUGGGGAAAGCUGAUGGAGAGAAGAACUCCAUCACUUACAAUGAGAAUACAUUCUUGCUGUCGUGCAAGUCCAUGAUGUACAUUCUGCACAAACCACCAAAGCAUUUUGAGAAUUUUGUCAAGGAGCACUUCACUUCCCGUGCACCUCACAUCCUUGAAGCCUGUGACGCGUACCUCAGUGGCGACCUAGUCGGCCAUGCACGUGACACUGCGUACGUAUCAGACGACGGCUGUAAGAACUGCUCCACCGGGUUCAAGAUCAUGCUCGGCAAGCUACUGCCGAAGCUCGUCGCCGCCUUCUCUGAAGCCGGGAUCGCCUCCGGCCAGUAGCUUCAGAGCAGGCGCGCCUUCGCUGUGGCCAUGAUGACGAUGGCAUUCCGUAACACGACACCGGUACUGUAUAGAUUUUUGCAAUAAAAUGCUGCCCUGGUACAGAUGUCCCGUGUGCAUAGUAGCUUGUAAGUUUGGAACAUUAAUUUGUGUGUGAUUGGUAAACUGGGAUGGUGCCACAGAUGAGAGAGGCAGCUGGUUUGGUCUGUGCUGUGCUUUGAGAGUGUGAUGGAAGUAUGUAAAUUGUGUGUGUUCAGAAGCCUUGCACUAGCUACCACAGUGAACAUGGCUAAACUGAUACUUAUUGUAUUCUCUUGUUUGUAUAUACUGUAUAAUAUUUUAUCUGUGA